CAUUUUGUUCGUCGAACAUAUUUCGUUCAAAGCCAACAAAUGUUUCGCAUCCGACAUCCAGCUACAAGAAUCGUCCGCUUCCUGUUGUGUUUGGCCGUUUUGUCUUUGUUUUUAACCCUCUACGAAUUAGCGUAUUUCAAUCGCCAAGAUAAUCAACUAGUUAGCUCAGGAGCUUCCACGACAUCUGACGAAAUGGAUUCGUGGUCCGUCUCUCAAAUGAUGGCCUAUCUGGAUUCGGGACGGAUGACAAACCGUUCGUCUUGUAACGUAUUUUACGAAUUUGGUGGUGUUGUUAUAAACGAUACGUACAGAUACAAAGACGGGCAGAAAUCCGUCUGCCUCGACGACGGCCUGAAGCCGGCCGUCAAUGAUUGUCUAGUCUACUCGUUCGGCAUCGAUAACGAAUGGUCGUUUGACGAUGACAUGGCCAAACUGGGCUGCAACGUCUACUCGUUUGAUCCAUCCAUGGAAGAAGACGAUCACAAUCGUAGCCCCAGAAUCCAUUUCUUCCGGAUGGGCAUUUGGAACAGAGACGGGCACAUUUUCCUCGAUAAAAAACGGCCAGACGUGGCGUGGAAAGUACUCACCUUGUCGUCGAUAUACGAGAGAUUGAAAGUGUUCCACGGGCAGCGUGUUAUCGACUACGUCAAGAUCGACAUAGAAGGAGACGAAUGGAUGAUACUGCCGCAGAUCAUGCAAUCGGGGAUAUUAAACAGAGUCAAGCAAUUAGCCAUGGAAAUUCAUUUCGAUGGAGACGACAGCGUUGAUGACAUCCGCCAGCGGAUAAAUGUAUUGCGCUCGCUGGAACGCGAACACGGAAUGAUUCCGUUUGAUUACAAGAACAACUUGAAUAGCAGAGGUUUCGUUCCCGCUGCUCCGCACAAUUACGCAUGCGCCGAAAUCGCUUACUUCAACUCAAAAUUCAAAAAUGCGACAUCAAAUUGAUAUGAAUACAU